ACACUGUACCCUGGAAAAACAACACGAGAUGGCAGAGGGAGUGCAAGAUGUACAAAUAGGGAGAUCGAUGGAGGUGGUGGCACAAGAACACAAUACUCUGCAAAAACAGCACGAGAUUGAAAAGGAAUUGCUUGAUCCUCCUCCGACGCCGGCACGGCAACACGCAGUCCUCCAGCCGGGGCUCUCGCUGCCUCCAGGCCCUCCACCUCCGGCCACCAUGGGCACAGCCAAAUACUUCGACGAUGCCAACAAUGACGGCAGCGGCCGCAACGACGACCUGGAUGUGACGUGGAACGCCAUCAUGCAGAAGCAUCGCGUGACAGCGCCAGCCUCAUCCUCCACCUCCCCUCCGGUGCCGCGGCCGAGGGCCCAUGAGCCGUCGAUCGGUGCAGCGGAGUUGAGCGAGCGGUCCGAGGAUUUCAUCAAGAAGAUCCACCAUGCCUUCGGCCGGCAUCCAUGAAUA